AUGGCUUACGCCCGCCCGCCCACGCGUGGUGCCUACGCCCGCCCGCCCACGCGUGGUGCCUACGUUCGCCCGCUGCUGGAGCCUAAGCCCUCCCGCCCGCUGCUGGAGCCUAAGCCCUCCCGCCCGCUGCUGGAGCCUAAGCCCUCCCGCCCGCUGCUGGAGCCUAAGCCCUCCCGCCCGCUGAUGGAGCCUAAGCCCUCCCGCCCGCUGAUGGAGCCUAAGCCCUCCCGCCCGCUGCUGGAGCCUAAGCCCUCCCGCCCGCUGCUGGAGCCUAAGCCCUCCCGCCCGCUGAUGGAGCCUAAGCCCUCCCGCCCGCUGCUGGAGCAUAAGCCCUCCCGCCCGCUGAUGGAGCCUAAGCCCUCCCGCCCGCUGCUGGAGCCUAAGCCCUCCCGCCCGCUGAUGGAGCCUAAGCCCUCCCGCCCGCUGCUGGAGCCUAAGCCCUCCCGCCCGCUGCUGGAGCCUAAGCCCUCCCGCCCGCUGAUGGAGCCUAAGCCCUCCCGCCCACUGCUGGAGCCUAAGCCCUCCCGCCCACUGCUGGAGCCUUCUCCCGCCCGCUGA